CUAUUUAUACUUCCGCACUACUUCUAAACUUCGUCUUACAUGUCUUCAGGGGUGACCUGCAUGGUGUUAAUGGUGGCUCUCAUGUUUACAUCAAUGUGGCUGCUUCCCACUCUGUACUUCAUAUGGCUAGUGAUUGACUGGGAGACACCCGAGAAAGGAGGCAGGAGAAAGCCAUCUGUGAGGAGAUGGAAGGUUUGGGAACACUACAGAGACUAUUUUCCUAUUAAGUUGGUGAAGACGGCAGAGCUGAAUCCAAGGAAAAACUACAUCCUCGGCUGUCACCCACACGGUAUAAUGAGUAUUGGGGCCUUUGGCUGCUUCAACAUAGAGUGCUGCGGCUUUUCCGAAGCUUUUCCUGGGAUGUACGUGUCCCUGGCCAUAUUAGCUGGACUCUUCCGGAUUCCGCUCUUUAGGGAUUACCUCAUGGCUGCAGGCCUGUGUCCAGUCAGCAAAGCCAGUCUUAGCCACCUUCUGUCAAAAAGUGGUACAGGAAAUGCUGUGGUGAUUGUGAUAGGGGGCGCUGCAGAGUCUCUGGCCUCCCAUCCAGGAGUUCAAACAGUUCUAGUCAAGCAAAGAAAAGGCUUUGUCAGACUUGCGCUAGAGUAUGGGGCCGACUUGGUGCCUGUUUACUCCUUCGGGGAAACAGAGCUCUUCCAGCAAGUCACAUUCUCAGAGGGCUCAUUGGGUCGAAGGUUACAGGACCUGUUUAAAAGGAUCAUGGGUUUCGCCCCUUGCCUGUUCCUAGGUGAGCGCUGGGCAAUUUUGCCCUCCAAGACUCCCAUCACCACAGUGGUGGGAAGUCCCAUUUCUGUACCUCAGCGUAUUACACCUACAGAGGAGGAGGUCGACCAUUAUCAUAAACUUUACAUGGAUGCCCUGUCCAAUUUAUUCCAUGAGCACAAGGUCAGCUGUGGACUAUCAGAAAGUCACAAGCUUUGUAUAAUUUAGAGCUUUUACUUCCUCAUGACCUCCUUCAAUGGACUAACUGGCCAUGUGAGCUAAAGCCUAAUAUAAUCCCUUUACAGUACUGCUGUGAAAUGUGAGAAUUUAGCACCACCACAAAUCCACAACGCCAGGUGGGCCCAAAAAUAACAUUUCAACACAACUUUUGACCAAAUACCUAGCGUGCAUAGGCUGUUUCCGAAGAUACUUGGCUUGAGCACCAUUCUACUUUAAUUAGGGACAAGCAGGAUGUGCUUCGGACCUUUAGAGCAGGAGUGGGUGCCCAAUCCCGGUCCUCGAGAGCCCCU